UCCUCAGUGACCUCGCUGCUCUUCUCACCAUGCUGAACGAUGCUGCGUCUGUCAUCUACAUUGUGCUGGAGCUGCUGAUAGCUGUACUGUCUGUGUUGGGCAAUGUGCUGGUCUGCUGGGCUGUCUGUCUCAACAGCAACCUGCAGAGCAUCACCAACUUCUUUGUGGUGUCCCUGGCGGUGGCAGACAUUGCUGUGGGAGUGCUGGGUAUCCCCUUUGCCAUCGUCAUCAGCACAGGCUUCUGCUCCAACUUCUAUGGUUGCCUCUUCAUUGCUUGCUUUGUGCUGGUGCUCACCCAGAGCUCCAUCUUCAGCCUGCUGGCCAUUGCCAUAGACCGCUACAUCGCUAUCAAGAUACCCCUCAGGUACAAUAGCCUGGUGACAGGCCAGCGUGCCAAGGGGAUAAUUGCUGUCUGCUGGGUGCUGUCCAUCAUCAUCGGCCUGACCCCGAUGCUGGGCUGGAAUAAGUUCACUGAGCGCCCCAACAGCACCUGUCCCCCAGGCUUGAUGGAGUGCCUGUUUGAGGAUGUGGUGGUCAUGGACUAUAUGGUCUACUUUAACUUCUUCGCCUGUGUGCUGAUGCCUCUGCUGCUCAUGCUGGUCAUCUACAUGCGGAUCUUCAUGGCAGCUCGGCAUCAGCUGAAGCUCAUAGAACUGAAGGCUGUCCACGGUGGGAAGUCCCACUCCACCCUGCAGAAGGAGGUCCAGGCGGCUAAGUCGCUGGCCAUCAUCGUGGGCCUGUUUGCCAUCUGUUGGCUGCCGCUGCACAUCAUCAACUGCUUCACCCUGUUCUGCCCUCAGUGUGCCCGCCCGCCCCUCUGGAUCAUAUACGUUGCCAUCAUCCUCUCUCACGGCAACUCAGUGGUCAACCCCUUCAUCUACGCAAACCGCAUCCAGGAGUUCCGCCACACCUUCAAGAGGGUCAUCCGCCGCCAUGUCCUGUUCCGCCGGGAUCUGUUUGACAGUGGUGGCAGCAGCCACACCUCCACCCACAACAGCAUCAGCGGCUCAGUGAGGGUUAAGGCCAAUGGCCUCCGCUUCGACCUCUUUACCGAGCACAGCAGCAGCAGCUGUGAGAGCUCCCACCCCUGUCAUAGCCAUAUCAAACCUGCAGGCGGCGUUCUGAAGCCAGCGCCCAUUCACAAUCACCCUCUUACCGUGAUUAGCUCCCGCAAUGACAGGGAAAGCCCCCCUGUGCCACAGCCUCUCAGACAGACACAUGCACACCCGUUAUGUCAUCCCCUGCAGUAUGGGGACCAGCAGCAGCAGUCUCACAAAGGUCCAGAGGUGGAAGAGGUAAAGGACAGGCAGGAUCUCUCCCCUGUCCAGGUCAAAACACUGUUCUAUAAACAUAAAACCUGCUUCACUGAGCUCACUGAGGUGUCCUAAUGGACACAGAAUGGGCAUUAGACAGCUACAAAGGAUCCUUAUCACCUGGCCUUUGGUGUGAAAUUACUGCUGAUGUGUACAUUUUUUUGGAGUAAGCUUAGAGUAGAUUACUAGGCAGUCAGGCUCACAAUCUGAGUUUCAGAGUUUGGUUGUAUCCAGAUGGUCUAAUUCCACAUACUUGGAGGCAUUCUAUCGCCAGGGAUUGUAACCGUUGGUCCUGAAUGAGUAUGAAACGAGGACCUACACAAAGGCAGGCAUGCAAAGCCUACUGUACAUUCACCAUGCGGAAGAGAACAACUUAUUUUGGGGGCAUGAACAAUUCUAUUUAAAUUUGCAAACAAAAAUCAUUUUAGUUAUUUAUUGAAGAAACGUUAAUGUGACUCGAAUGGUUAAAUGUGAUUCUGUUUACGAUGUUUAUUCUCUUGCUCUGUGACGUGUCUGGUGCUUAAAUCGGAAUCCUCACAAUGGACUUUUGUUCUAUGAUAACUGGUGAGGUUUUAAUAAAUCACCUUUAUGAUGAAUCUUGUGUGUUUGGGGAUGGCAGGGAUGUUCCAGGUUCGUGAUGAGGGGACUGUACUACUGCAUUGAUUUAGAAUGUUUGUGCACCAUACAGAUGGACAUGAUAAGAGCAAUCUCUUAGAUGUUCAGGUUUAUGAUCUUGCAAAUGUAUGAAUGCUCAAAAAAUGAUCUGCGUGUUUUUAAAUGAUAAUGGUUUUAAACUAUUUUGAGGAAUAUCUAUACUACUGGGCACUUUCUCAACUUGUCUAACUGUCAGUAACACAAACCAAAACUGUUGAGCUGAUCGUUGAGAUUACACAGACAAUUAAAUGGCCAAAAUAAUGAAUCAAUGACACAUACAGCUUACAUUUUUCACUGAAUAUACUCUCAAGAGUUACAUAGCUAUGGCAUUCUCUGCAUUUUCACAUUUUCAGAUGCAAUACAGGACGCAAUACCUCCUGUUUGAAAAUAAAUAUUUGUAUGUAAUUGUCAUCUCUAAGUGUAUUUGUUUGCGUUUCCAUGUUGCACUGUUUACGCAUUACAAUUACUGUACAGCUUUCCCAACUAUUGAUCAAUAAGCUUUCCCAACUAUUGAUCAAUAAGCUUUCCCAACUAUUGAUCAAUAAGCUUUCCCAACUAUUGAUCAAUAAGCUUUCCCCAACUAUUGAUC